AUGUCGAGCCCAUCGUAUACAGAAGAACAGGAGAAAAUUGCAUUGGAGGUACUGUCGAAAGAUAAGCAAGCUUUUUAUGAUGUCCUGCGAGUGGAUAGAGGUGCCAAUGACGUUGAAAUCAAGAAAUCAUAUAGGAAACUGGCGAUCAAACUGCAUCCGGACAAAAAUCCCCAUCCGAGAGCCAGUGAGGCCUUCAAAGUGAUUAAUAGGGCAUUUGAAGUGCUAAGCGAUGACGAGAAACGUCAAAUCUACGAUAGGCUCGGCAGGGAUCCGGACGAUAGAAGUAUGCCAACUGCGUCGGGGAGUUCGUUCCGCAGUGCGGGAUUCCCAGCAGGGUUUGAGAACUCCUUUUACAAUCGCCAAGCAGCAAGAGACCCCAGAGAGGAUAUAUUUGACUUUCUCUUCAAUAUGGGUGGUGGUGGACCUUUUGGUGGUCACCCGUUCGGUGGCAAUGCGUUUGGUGGUCAUCCGUUUAUGGAUGGAGGUGCCACAUCGUUCACUUUUGGUGGCCCUGGCGGCUUCAAGGUGUACACAAACGUGCCUAGGCGAGCUCGGCACCAGCAGCAACGACAGGCUCAGCAAAAUGAGCAGCCAGAUCUAUAUCAGAAUUUGAGGGUACUUUUGCCGUUGCUACUUCUAUUCCUCGUACCACUGCUGGAAAGACUGUUGUUUGGAUAG